AUGCGAACCGCCAGCCGAGUGCGAAGUACUGCACGACCACCCAGCAACCCACCAGCACCAGCAGAGUCUUCACAGGCUCAUCAUUCGGCACCCGCCACUGGUGGAGUACGCCGCUGCACUGUACAAUCCAAGAACAGCAACGCAUUACGGGCCUAUUUUAUGGCGAUAGGGAGAGAAAUUGGAGGUUUUGCGUUUCGGGCUAUGAUGCAUCGACUUUUUGCUGACCUGGAGCCAUCUGCAACCGUCACCGAGCAAAACCUGGCAGACCGUGUUUGGUAUAUCUUGCGCUCAAAUAUAUUUGAUGUCGCCGUACUCGAACGACUACGACCUGAGGCGGCUUUUCAUCGGAUGAAAAUGCUACGGCUAAAGAUGCGGUGCCAUAACUUGCAGAGCACUUGGACAAACGUGGAUGCCGCCGUGAAUAUCCCAGUUGUGCUUGAUUCAAACGAUGAUGGAACAGUCGCCUAG